UGACGUUUUUUCUGCACACCUGUUUUUUUUUUUCUUGCCCUAGCUUUGCUGCAAGGCCAAUUCACUUAACUUUUGACUAUAUCCACUCCUUUUACCUACUAUUUAAUUUAAUCUAGAAAGGAAUUUAUUUAAAAGGAAUAACAUAAUCAUAAUAUUUGACGAAGACAGCUUCUCUUCACUACGUCAACAAUAUCCAAUAUCGACAUCCGUGACCGCCUUCGUUCAAAUCCGAUAUUAUAGCAAACUAGAAUACCUAGGUAGUUUAUCCUCGACCGCAUCGCCGAACAGAACAAACAUCGAAUCGUCAAGAUGGUGUACGUACGGCAGGAAUUCCUGCCAAACUUGAAGUUGUACAAGUAUUCCGGCGUCGACCACUCCCUGACAUCGAAAUACAUCCUGAAACCGUUCUACACCAAUGUCGUCAUCAAGUGCUUUCCCAUGUGGAUGGCCCCGAACCUGAUCACAUUGACUGGUUUCAUGUUUAUCGUCGCCAACUUUUUUACCCUGCUAUGGUACAACCCGACGCUCGACCAGGAUUGCCCGCCUUGGGUUUAUUAUACAUGGGCUGCUGGCCUAUUUUUAUAUCAGACUUUUGAUGCUGUUGAUGGCUCGCAAGCACGACGAACCCGACAAAGCGGACCCCUCGGUGAAUUAUUCGACCAUGGCGUCGACGCCCUCAAUACAUCCCUCGAAGUCCUAAUCUUCGCUGCUUCCCAGAACAUGGGGCAGAGCUGGUACACGGUAGCCACGCUUUUCGCAUCCCUGCAAACCUUCUACGUACAAACCUGGGAUGAAUACCACACCAAGACCCUAACCCUCGGCAUCGUCAACGGUCCCGUCGAAGGAAUCCUGAUCCUAGUCUUCGUCUACGCACUCACAGGGUACAUGGGGGGAGCCUCCUUCUGGCAACAAUCCAUGUUCGCCACCCUCCACGUGCCCACAACCCUCAACAUCCCAUCAUGGAUCUACGACCUCACGUUCACGCAAUGGUACAUGGUGCAAGGCACCAUCGUGUUAGUCCUCAACACCGUCGAGAGCGCGCGUAAUGUCAUAAAAGCGCGACGGGCACGGGGUGAUCGCAGUCGAUGGGCGUUGUUUGGCCUGUUGCCGUUUUUUGGUACUUGGGUUUUGGUGGCUGCGUAUUUGUAUUUGCAGCCCGUGAUCCGGACGCAACAUCUUGUGCCUUUUUCUAUUUUUGCAGGGAUGGUGAAUGCGUAUAGCGUGGGCCAGGUGAUUACCGCGCACCUUGUCAAGUUACCCUUCCCAUACUGGAAUAUCCUAGCUCUACCCCUAGCCUUCGGCGUUAUCGAUUCCCUAGGUCCUAUUCUACAGGCGCAUGUCGGUUGGGCCUCAGGCUGGCCUAGCGCGCUGGGAGAUGGCGUGUACCAAGUCGCGUUCAUGUUCCUGAUGCUAGGUAUGGCGGUCGGUGUGUACGGAUCUUUCGUGGUUGAUGUUAUUGUCACGAUUUGCGAUUAUUUGGAUAUUUGGUGUCUGACGAUUAAGCACCCGUAUGUGGAGGGCGUUGAGCAGGCUAAUGGGAAGAAGGCGAAUUAAGUGUUGGGAUAUAUGGUAUUUAUCUACCGUUCAUACGAGGAAGAUUCGUAUUAAGAGAACGGGAGGGCUUUAAGUACUUGGGCGGGUAAUGAUUUUCUCUAUCUAAAGAAGUAGAGUGCUUGGGUGUUGGGGGCGUAAGUGGCCUUCUCAUCUAGCUUGGCUUGGGAUGAAACUGGAUACCCAAUAUAAUCCAGCAAAAGGAAAUACCAAGAGGAAAUAUAUCUAUCGGAAGAUAGAAACAAAUCACAUACAGAUGAAAUGAAAGGCGGGGAGCUAGGCGUCUAUGCUGAGACUAUUUGUUACAUGGGAUUAUUUGGUUUUUAAUGAUGAAGGAUAUCUGGAAUUCAAUAUACCCAUGGGAAAGAAAGCAGGAAGGGAAGACAGGGAGGUCAGCGAUAAUAAGGACACCCGAAAAACCAACGGGUGCGGACGGACAACUAAAAUGUCGUUAUUUACUCUCAACUCAGCAAUAUAAGUCAUGAUCUGUU